AUGGAAUUUAAUGAUAAGAAAUCAAAUUAUGAACUUUUAGGGGAAUACAAUGUUCAUUCGUUGACCGAGUGCGCUGCGUUGUGUCAAAGUGAGUGCGGCUUCUUUGGUUUCAGCUAUCAAAUGAAGAAAUGCCGCACCCACAAGAAAAGUCUUACGUCUGAGCUGUCUGAUGAGGCCGGUUGGAGAUACUACUCAGUUGACGUUUUUACUAGCACGCCCAAAGAUUGCAAGGAUCUUCGAGAAAAAGGACAAACCAUCACAGGGGUGUAUGAUAUAUACCCCUACCGUACACUAACAGUACCGGUCCGUGUUUUCUGCGAUAUGACCACAAUGGGCGGGGGGUGGACGACCAUUCAGAAACGCAUUGAUGGAUCCGUGAUCUUUGACAGGUUCUGGGCGGAUUAUAAAAAUGGUUUUGGUUCACCAGAACAAGAUGUCUGGAUUGGAAAUGACGUAAUCCAUCAAUUAACAAAAGAAAAAACCUCAUCCCUGUAUGUGUCCAUCACUCUCCAGAAUGGUACAACGCUGUAUGAAAUGUACGACGGAUUCUCCGUCUCCGACGAAGCUGGAAAAUAUCAACUCUUUCUUGCAGGACCUGACACGGGGACUUUAGGGGACAGUAUGUUAGACACUGGUUCUUCUUAUGGUGAUCUGUCCGGGAUGUCCUUCUCCACUCCAGACAGAGAUAACGACUUGUGGAGGGGUGGUAACUGUGCUGCUUCCAGUAACACUAGAGGUGGCUGGUGGUUCAACUACUGCCACUGGGCCUUCCUUAACGGCCUCUGGCCCCCGGCAGACUGGAUAAGUCCCUGGUAUCCCACAGUAGAGAGUGGGCCGUCAGUGAAGGGGACCACCAUGAUGAUAAAACGUCACUAG